AUGCAGCCGCAAGGAGGGGGAAGAACUCCGCCGAUGCACCCGCAAGGAGGGGGGAGAACUCCGCCGAUACAUCCGCAAGGAGCGGAACGAGAGCCGAGGGACGGGGGGAAGGAGGCCAGCGGUGAGGGGAGACAGGACCGGGAGCCGCGGUUCCGUGGGGGGGGUGGAAGGGGGGAUGUAGGUUCGGGAAUGGCAGGCCAGAGAGGGAGGCUCGGCAGGGAGGAGAGGGGCGGCGACGGGAAUUGGGGUGGUGGGAGGGGGAGAUUUGGGAGGGAGGGCAGGGGCGACGGCGGCUUUAGAGGCGGAAGGGGGGGGCGUUGGGGGAGGGACGGGAGCGGAAGGGGGGUUGGCGCGCGGGGAAGGGGGGCUGACGAGCGAGGGAUGGGGAGGAGCAGGGGGGGUGAUUGGGCGGAGCGAGGGGGGAGGAGUGGAGGAGACGGGAGAGGUGGUAGGGAUGGGCGGGUGGACGGAGGGGAGGAGGAGAGAGAGGAGAGGGGGGGGGGGGGGGAGGAGAGGAGGGAGGAGAGGAAGGAGGAGGGGACGGAGGAGCGGGAGCAUACGGAUGGUAACACUGUAACGCGUAAAGGAAUCUGGUCCCGAUUGGGUACAGACAGCACUCAGCAUGGGAAGGAGCAGCUUCGCGGAAGCAGCAGAGAGCAAGGAGGGAUUGAUAUGGGCGGCAGAGAGGGGAGAAGCGAGGAGAGGGGGCGUGUGGAGAGGAGGGGGAGCGUGGAGAGAUGGGAAAGCAGAGAGAGGAAGGGGAGUAUGGAGAGAGCAGGGAGCAGGGAGCGGGAGAGAGAGAGGGAGAAGGAGAGGGAGGGUCGACCAUACCCACACCACAGGCAGAGGGACUCCCCCUCGCACAGUCACAGUCAUAGUCACAGCAAGGGGGACUCUGACGGGCGUGACAAUAGCGAGCGGAGAGUGAGGAGCUUCCAGGCUGGUCGAAGCCCGCUGGGUGUGGAAAUGAGUGCGGCUAGAGGCGCUUCGUUACAAGACAACUCGAUAGAAAGAGACGCUUCUUCGAGAGACAAGUCACGAGAAAGAGGCGCUUAUUCGAAGGACGGUUCACGCGAGAGGAGCGAGAGAAGCGAGAGGAGCGAGAGGGGAAGGGAGUUCAAUGGAAGCCGUUUGGGAGCGGAGGCUAGAGUGCGGCCGAGUUUUGGGGAUCUAGAGGAAGGGGAAGAGGCGAUGGGGUGGGAUGGGGAGGAGAGGGAGGAGGGCGAGAACAGGGGAGGGGGGUACGAGGGGUUUGAGGACCAGGGGGUGGGGGAGGAGAGGGUGGAGAGGGGUGACGUGGGGGUUGGAAGGGAAAGAGAUGCGGUUGGGAGUGGUGAUGGUGGUAAUGGUGAUGGUGAGGAGGAGGAGGACGGGGAGAUGGGCGGUGGGGCAUGGGGGGAGAAAGAGGGGAUGGUGGUGGGGGGAGAGGAGGGGGAGAUUGAGGAAGGGGAGUUUGAUGGAGGUGGGGAGAGGGAGCCUGGGGGGGAAAGUGACUUUACGGAGCGUGAUAGUAAGGAGCGUGAGCGUGAUAGGGACGAGCGUGAUAGUAAGGAGCGUGAUAAUGCAGGGAGGAACUGGAUGGAUGACUUAAACGAGUUGGAAGAGGAGCAAGAGCCGCAGGAGAGGGCUGGUGUGAUAAAAACGGGGGCUGAGAACGGGGAGGUUAAGGGAAGAGGAGGGAAUGGGGUAGAGACGAAGGAGGAGGCGGGCAGGGGAGAAGGGGAGCGAGUGAGGCAGGGGGAGAGGGAGAGGGAGGAUGAUAAGGAGGAGGAGGGGGAGGAGGAGGAGAGGGUGGAUUGGGGGGAGGGAGAGAGCGAGGACGAGGAGGAGCAAGGUUUUUGGGACAAUGAGCGGGAGAGGGAGGCAGAGGAGGGGUAUAGAGCUCCUGGAAGGAUGGGAGGAUCGGAAGGGGAGGAGAGGCGGGAGUUGGGUGGCAUGAAGGACGACACGAGGAGGGGAAGAGAUAACGGGGGAGCGGAAGAGAGGCCAGUGAGUGUAGAUGCUAGCACACGGAAGACACCAGCAGGGGGGGCUGGAGUGGAUGAAAGGUAUGGGGAAGAGAAGGGUGCAGAGAGGAAUGGGGACAGGGACAAAGGUAGAGACAGAGGCAGGGACAGGGACAGGGAAAGGGACGGAGACAGAGACAGAGAUAGGGUCUUACUCAGUGCGAGUAAAAUUGGAGGGGAGAGGGGUCCAGAUCACGAUGGUUUAGCUUAUGAGGCGCCUCAGAACGCGAGUGGAGCAGUAGGGGAGAGAGGGCGGGGCCAUGCCAGUGCAAGCUGGAAGAAGGAGCAGCAGAGGGCAGACUUCGAACAACCAGUUUCUACACUUGCAGAUCGUGGGCAACUUACAACACAAGACCCGAAAAGAAUCUCAGCUGAGAAGGACGAAGGAGAGAUGGUUGCUAGUGCGGCUCACGAAGAGAAGUCUGCAGAGGCUGAGAGGAGGAAGAGCAGGAGCAGUAGCAGCAGUAGUAGCAGUGACGAAUCUUCAGAGCUUUCUUUGUCUGCGUCUGAUUUAAGUGAUAGCGAGGCGAGUGAGGAGGGGGAGGAGACGUGGAGGAGGGGGAGGGCUGUGGAGAGGCGUGAGGGGAGAGGUGAGGGGAAAGGUGAGGGGAAAGGUGAGGGGAGGGGUGAGGGGAGGGGUGAGGGGAACGAUAAGGGUGCUGGUGAAUGGGGUGGUGGGACAGGAAUGGGUGUACGGCAAGGGUCCAGAGGGGAUUUGAAUGAGUUGGAGCGAGAGGAACGAGAGGAGAGAGAGGAGGGUAAAAAAAGAAGGGACAGAGAGGAGAGAGAGAGGAGAGACGGAAGAGACGGGAGAGAGGAGGGAGAGGAGAGACAAAAGGGAGAGGCGGGGGAAGAUAGAGAGGAGGGUGAGAGGGUUGGUGCAAGGGCAGGUGGGGGCAUGGGCGUUAUGAGAGGGUCGAGAGGGGAUCUGAGGGAGGGGGAAGAAGGAGAGGGAGGAGAGGGAGGAAGGAGAAAAGAGGUAGAGAAAAUAGGGGAGGAAGAGGAGGGUGAAAGGGGUGGUUUACGAGGGGAAGGCAUGGGUGUGAGGCGGGGGUCACGAGGAGAUUUGCAGCGAUUGGAACGGGAAGAGGAGGAGCAGCGUGAGGGGCAGGGGAGCGGAGGAAGGGAGGGGGGGAGGGAAAGGAGAGAAGUGCUCAGAGGGGACGAGGAGAAGGAGAGAGGAGAGAGGGAGAAGGUGAGGGAGAGGGAGCGGGAGAGGGAGAAGGAGAGGGAGAAGGAGAGGGAGAAGGAGAAGGAGAGGGAGAAGGGAGGAGAGAAGGAGAGGGAGAAGGAGAGGGAGAAGGAGAAGGAGAGGGAGAAGGAGAGGGAGAAGGAGAGGGAGAAGGAGAAGGAGAGGGAGAAGGGAGGAGAGAAGGAGAGGGGGCAUGAGAGGGGUAGGGAAAAUGAGAGGAGGCGUGAAAAGGAGGGGGGAAGGGAGAAGGGGCAUGAGAAGGAAAGAGAAAGGGGGGAGAGAGUUGAUAAGGGGGAUGAGUCGAGGAGGCGGGAGAGAGAUGAUAAGAGAGAUGAUAAGGGGGAUGAUUCAAGGAGGCGUGAGAAGGAUGGAGGGAAAGGAGGGGAGAGGAAGGAGGAGAGAGAGAGGGGAAAAGGCCAUGAGAAGGAAAGGGAGCGAGAAAAAGAAAGGUUGAAGGAGACGGAGAGAGAGGGACCAAAAGGGGAGGUAAAGGAGCGGAGGGAUAGGGAGAAAGACGGAAGGGGACGUAGUAGUGAGAGAGAAAAGGCUUCAUUUGUAAGAGAUGAGGAGACAAGGGAUCGUGGGGACGGGCGUGGGAAGGAACGUGAGGGUAGGCAUAAGGAUGGGCAGAAGGAUGGGCAGAAGGAUGGGCAGAAGGAUGGGGAGAAGGAAACAGAUAGGCAUGGUCGUGACAAGGCAGGGGGUAGGAAGAGGGAGAGAGAGGAUGAGGGGGAGGAGGAGAGGGAGAAAGGGAGGCAUAAGGAUGGGCAUAGGGAGAGUGGGCGGGAUGGGCGUGAGGGGAAGAGGGAAGAGGGACGGAGGAGGAAGGAGGAGAAGGAUAGGGAUAAGGGAGAGCAUGGGAGGGAAGGGAGAGAGAAGGAGGAGAGGAGGGUGAAAGAAGAUCGAGGAAAGGAAGAGAAAGGGAGGGAAGAGGGGGAGCGAGAUGAGAGAGGGAGGAGGGGGAAGGGUAGGGAUGAGAGAGGAGGAGAAGGGAGAGGGAGGGAGGCGAAGAGGAGGGAGGGGAGAGUGAGAAGGGAUGGUUCAGAGGAGGAUUACGGUGGGUCAGAGGGGGUGGAAGGGAGGGGGCAGAGGGAGGGGAGUGGGGAGGGCAGGAGAGGAAGUGGCGACGGGAGGGGCAGUGGCGACGGGAGGGGCAGCAGCGAAGGGAGGGGCAUUGGGAUGGGAUUACCAUCGUUCCGAAAGGGAGGAGAGCAGGAGAGGCAAGGAGAGGAGAGGCGAGGAGAGGAGAGGAGAGGGGAGGAGAGGCGAGGGGAGGAGAGGCGAGGGGAGGAGAGGCGAGGGGAGGAGAAGAAAGGGGAGGACAGUAGAGAUGAAGACGAGAGGAGGGAUGAGGAAGGGGAGAGGCGAAGAGGGGCGGUGGGGGGGAGAGGCAGAAGCUUUUUGAGAGAUCAGGGGGAGGAAGGGAGGCCUGGUGAGGGGUGGAAGGGCGAUGGAGCAAGGAGGCCUGGUGAGGGGUGGGCAGAGGGGAGGAACAGUGAGGAGAGGACUAGUGAGGGGAGGACCGGUGACGGGUGGAAGGGGGAUGGAUCAAGGAGGCCUGGCGAAGAGUGGCAAGGGGAAGGAACAUGGAGGUCUGGGUCUGGGGAUGGGGGUAUGAUGGGGAGGGGGCGAGGCAGGGAGUGGGGCGUGGGGAGGGGCGGGAUGGGCAGGGGAAUGGGAAGGGGGGGUAUGGAUGGGGAAAUGGGAAGGGGAAUGGGAAGGGGGGGUAUGGAUGGGGAAAUGGGAAGGGGAAUGGGGAGGGGGGGUAUGGAUGGGGAAAUGGGAAGGGGAAUGGGAAGGGGGGGUAUGGAUGGGGAAAUGGGAAGGGGAAUGGGGAGGGGGGGUAUGAAUGACAUGGGGAGGGGAGUGGGAAGGGGCAUGGGCAGGGAUGGGAGCAUGGGUAGGGUGGGGAUGGGUAUGGGUGGGGAGAUGGGGAGAGGCAUGGGUAGGGGCAUGGGGAGAGGUACGGGAAGGGGCAUGGGGUAUGAUGGAGGGAGGGACGGGGGGGAUGCGCGGAAUGGGGAUGUGAGAGGUGGGGGAUCUAGGCCGGGCGAUAGCAGGGGUAGCGGCGCAAAUGCUGAAGAGGGGAAGGGAGGUGUGGUGGUUGGGGCAGUUGCAGGAGCAGGGUUAUUGAGCAAGGGGAAUAGAAGUGCGGUAGAGGAGGAGUUGGAAGCACGGAAGAGAGAGAGGAUGAGGCUGAUUGCUGAGCUGGCGCGGAAAGAGAAGGAGGCGGGGGAGGGGGGGACGGAGUGGGAGGAGGGGGAAGAGAAGGAAGGGGAUGGGGAGGGGGGGAAGAAGAGAGGUCGGAGGGAGGAUGGAGAGGGAGGGGAAGACAGGGAGGAAGGGGAGGAAGGAGAGGAGAGGAAGAGAGUGGGGGGAAGUGUAAAGAGGGGCAGGUGGGGAGAUGAUGAAGUGGGACAUAUGGAAGAAGGGAUGGAAGGGAAGGGGAAGGGGAAGGGGGAUGAAGGGAGAAAGGGGAGAGCAAAAAGGGGAGAGGAGGAGAUGAGUGGUGGAGAGGGAGAGAAGGAGGGGUGGAGAGAGGAAGGUGAGGUGGAGGAUAUGGCAGCAGGGCAUGGGGAGGAGGUAGGGGGGAAGGAGGAGGAGAGAAGGGCGCAAACGGAGGGAGUGGGUGGGUCGAAAUGGGGUAGUAGAUGGUUGGAUGAGGAGGAGGAGGAGGAGGAGGAGGAGGAGGAGGAGGAGGAGGAGGAGGAGGAGGAGGAGGAGGAGGGAGCAGGAGCGGGAGCAGGAGAGGGAGCAGAUGAGGAGGGUAGAGCGAGGGUUAAUACCCCAGAUGAGGAAGGUAGAACGAGGGAUAGUACCCCGGAUGAGGAGGGUAGAAGAAGGGAUAAUACCCCUGAUGAUGGGGGUGGAAGGAGAGACACGGGGGGUGAUACUGAUAUGGAGGAGGGGGAGGGGGAGGGGGAUGAGGAGGGGAAGGGGAAGGGGAAGGGAAAAAGGGAGGAACAGGAGGGAGAUAGGAGCAGGAGGAGGGGGAGGGUGGGUGGUGAUAGUGAAGGGGGUGGCAGUAGGGCGGGUGAGAGUGUGAAGGAGAGAGACGAUGGGGAGGGUAUGGAAGGGGGGAGGAAGAAGGCAGACAGGGAGACUGGGGGUGAGGGUGAGGAUGAGGGUGAGGGUGAGGGUGAUGGGGAUAGAAAAGGAGACAAAGAAGAAACUGAAAGUGCCGGCCUGCCGCCCCGUGCAGCCACCUGUGCAAGGAGGGAUGAAAAGCACAGAGAGAGCUCCAAGUCCCCUCUACCUCAUGACCCAUCGUCAUCAGAAGCAGCAGCAGGAGCAGCAGCAGGAGCAGCAGCGGAAGCAGCAGCGGUGAAAGCUAUAUUCGGCGGCUGUCGCAGCGUGGACUCUUUUGAACGGCUGGAUGUGCUCGGUGAGGGGGUGUACGGCGUGGUGCAUCGCGCUCGGGACAAAGAAACCGGGGAGAUCUACGCUUUAAAGCGCGUCAAGAUGGAGAAGGAGAGGGAGGGUUUCCCUCUAACAUCCCUCCGGGAGAUUAAUAUACUAUUGGCUCUAGACCACCCGGCGAUUGUGGGGGUGAAGGAGAUGGUGGUUAAUUCAUCCAUGGAUCGGGUUUUCAUGGUUAUGGAAUAUGUAGAGCAUGACUUAAAGGUGCUUUUAGACGCGAUGCCGAGGCCGUUUGGGCAGGCGGAGGUGAAGUGUUUAGUGAAGCAGCUUCUAGAGGGGAUAAGCUACAUGCACGCGAAUUGGGUGCUGCAUCGGGAUUUGAAGACGUCGAAUUUGCUGAUGAACAACGCGGGGGGGAUCAAGAUAUGCGACUUUGGCCUGGCGAGGCAGUAUGGGGAUCCGCUUCGGCCGUACACCCAGCCUGUGGUUACCCUGUGGUACAGGUGGGUGUUUCUUUCUACAGAUGUUCUCUUCUGCAGGAGUGCUUACUACAGGUGUGCUAGGCUGAAGGCUGCAGCAUUAGAGCUGCUGCUGGGGCAGAAGGAGUAUUCCACAGCCAUCAACGUCUGGUCUCUAGACUGCACCAUGACAGAACAUCUCAUUCCUCUUCCCCUGCUCCCCAUUCUCCCCCUUCUCUCUCCUCCCAUCACUCCUCCCCCAUCUCCUCCAGCCCAGAGCACCGGAGCUGCCGCUGGGGCAGAAGGAGAAUUCCACAGCCAUCUACAUCUGGUAUCACCGGAGCUGCUGCUGGGCCAGAAGCAGUAUUCCACGGCCAUCGACGUGUGUGUACUCUAUUGCACACAAGCCGCCAUGUUGAGUCGACGGUUAGGAGCGCUGUUCGCGCAGGCGAAGGAAUCGACGGGCAUCGUCGGCCUCGAUGUUGUCCCCAACGCGCGUCAGGUGCUCAUCGGCCUCUACAACCAAACCCUAAGCGCCGUCCAGGUGAUUCCUCAGGAGGCCGUGUACAGGCAGAACGUGGAGGCGCUGACGAGGCAGCGGCUCGCAGUGUGCGAGGAGGAGCAGGAAGCGGAGCGGAUCGAAGCGCGCGUGCAAUGCGGACAGGUGGAGGAGCUGAUCGAGCAAGCUAAGGACGAGCUAGAACUGAUUCCUAAGAUGGCCGAGUGGAAGCCAUGGGAGGUCGGAACCGGCUCGCCGUCCCCUCUGGGCCCGUCUCUAGUGGAGAAGCGCACCAAGCUAGACGGUUACAGCAGGUUGCCUGCUCGAGGAACCGUCAACUUUGCUCUCUUCUCCAAGCAUGCUACAGCCGUGACCCUCUGCCUGUUCCUGUCCGGCAAGCAGGGCUCCCCUCCUGAUCUCGAGAUUGCCCUGGAUCCCAACAGCCAACGAACGGGCGACAUCUGGCAUGCUUCUCUGGAGAACGUGCCUCUAUGCGGUAUGCUGUAUGCUUAUAAGGUGGACGGUCCAAAGGGGUGGGGAGAAGGCCACCGAUUCGACCCUUCCCUGUUGCUACUAGACCCCUACGCACCCCUCGUCGAUGGGAGAAGGAAAUUUGGGGAUGGGAGCCAACGGAUGGCUCAGAUGUACGGCACGUUUGACUUUGAAUCUGAGCCGUUCGAUUGGGGAGAGGCGGAAGCCAAGAGAAAGCCGAUUCCCGAGAAAGACGUGAUUAUAUACGAGAUGAACGUGCGGGCAUACACUGCAGAUCCCUCUAGUGGGGUCGAGGAGGGGAGACGAGGAAGCUACUCAGCUGUCGCGGAUAAGGUGCAGCACCUGGUGCAGCUGGGCGUGAACGCGGUGGAGCUGCUGCCUAUCUUUGAGUACGAUGAGAUGGAGUUCCAGCGGCGACCCAAUCCACGCGACCACAUGGUGAACACGUGGGGCUACUCCACUGUCAACUUCUUUGCCCCCAUGUCUCGCUUCGCCUCUAACGCUGGUGGGCCCGUGGCAGCAGCAAGGGAGGUGAAGGAGAUGGUGAAGAAGCUGCACGCAGCUGGGGUGGAGGUGAUUCUUGACGUGGUAUACAACCACACCAACGAGGCUGACGACACGUUUCCCUACACCACCUCCUUCCGAGGGAUUGACAACAAGACGUACUACAUCGUCCAGCCCAACAGCUAUGUGCAACUGGCGAACUACGCCGGGUGUGGUAACACGCUCAACUGCAACCACCCGGUGGUGAUGCAGAUGAUCCUGGAUAGCCUCAGGCACUGGGUGCAGGAGUACCACGUGGAUGGGUUCCGCUUUGACCUCGCCAGUGUCCUGUGCCGAGGGACCGAUGGAGAGCCCCUCGAAGCACCGCCUCUCAUUCGGGCCAUCGCCAAGGACGAGGUGCUGUCUAAGUGCAAGCUCAUCGCAGAACCGUGGGACUGUGGAGGACUCUACCAAGUGGGCAGCUUUCCCAACUGGGACAGGUGGGCGGAGUGGAAUGGCAAGUAUCGAGAUGACGUGCGCAAGUUCAUAAAGGGCGAUGAGGGCAUGAAAGGGCCCUUCGCUACUCGAUUGGCUGGAUCCGCUGACAUGUACCAUGUCAAUCAGCGCAAGCCCUACCACAGCAUCAACUUUGUCAUCGCUCACGACGGCUUCACACUCAGGGACCUAGUGUCUUACAACGUCAAGCACAACGAGGCGAAUGGGGAGGAGGGGAGGGAUGGCAGCAACGACAACUUCAGCUGGAACUGCGGAGUGGAAGGUGCCACGCAGGACGAGGGGGUCAUUGCGCUGAGAAACCGGCAAAUGAGGAACUUCCACAUCGCGCUGAUGAUCUCCCAGGGAACGCCCAUGAUGCUGAUGGGGGAUGAGUACGGGCACACACGCAACGGCAACAACAAUAGCUACGGCCAUGACACCGCACUCAACCACUUCCUCUGGAACCAGUUGGACCAGGCCCGCUCCUCUCUCUUCCGCUUCACAGCAGCAGUCAACCGCCUUCGCUCCUGGCACCCAGCCCUUGGCCAAGCCAACUUCCUCUCGCCUCGGGACAUCACAUGGCAUGAAGACAACUGGGAUAACUACGAAAGCAGAUUCCUUGCCUUCAGCUUGCAUGACGUCUCAGGGACGUGUGGUGACCUGUAUGUGGCGUUCAACGCUCAUUCCUUCGCUGUGGAUGCUGGCCUACCUCCCCCGCCCGCUGGUCGCCAAUGGGUUCGUUUGGUUGACACCAACUUGCCGUCUCCACGGGACAUUGUGGAUGAUCUCGAAACGAUUGCAACCAAUGGUCGUGUAAUCAGCGGCACAUACAAUGACUACAUCGUGCCGGAGGAGUAUGUGACUGUAAUGAAGGAGUCAAUGCUCAACACGUGCCCUGUCACCCCAUACGAGGACGUUCGGCUCGUCAUCCAAUCAGAGCUCGGCAAACCUCCAGAGGAGAUCUUCUCCUCCUUCGACCCUGUGCCUGUGGCGAGCGCAUCACUGGCCCAAGUGCAUCGAGGAACGCUGAAAUCAGGGGAGGACGUGGCAGUCAAGGUGCAGCACGCACAUCUGCUGGACACGGCAGCAGCAGACAUGGUCUCAGUGCGCCUUGUCAUCUCCGCACUCUACUGGUUCUUCCCGAGCCUAGACUACAGGUGGCUGAUCACAGAGGUUGAGGAGAGCUUACCCAAGGAGCUAGACUUCAUCCUCGAAGCAUCCAACGGUCGGCAUUGCAUGGCCAACUUUCGAUCCUCGCCGUCCAAGCUCCUGAGGGAGUCCGUGGCGGUGCCGAGAAGCUUCCCAGAACUUACCGGGCAGCGAGUGCUGACAAUGGAGUGGAUGGAAGGCGUGCCUCUGACUGACGUGGCAAGGCUCAAGGACAUGAAGAUAAACCCUGCUGACGUGGCAAAACUGAUCAGCACUGCUUUCGCUGAAAUGAUUUUCCGGCACGGAUUUGUGCACUGCGAUCCCCAUGCGGCUAAUGUGCUGGUGCGGCCGAAGAGAGGAGGGCGGCGAAUGCCCGGUGGCUAUGUAGAGCCAGAGAUCGUACUGCUGGAUCACGGGUUAUACCGCCAGCUGUCCGAUUCCCUCCGCCUCAACUACGCGCACCUCUGGAAGGCCCUUGUUCUGGCCGACGCGCGAGGCAUCAUGGAGUAUAGCAUUGCGCUGGGCGCCGGGGCGGACUUGUAUGCCAUCUUUGCUGCGACGCUCACUCUGCGAUCGUGGGAGAACAUCGUUGAGGCGUCUUCGGACCACCUGUUUAUCCCAGACACGGCCGAAGAGAAGCAGCAGCUGCAGAGGUCAGCAGCCGCCUACUUCAACGACAUAACGCGCCUCCUCGCACGCUUGCCCCGUGUGCUGCUGCUGCUGCUCAAGACCAACGACUGCCUUCGCUCUUUGGAUACUGCCCUGCCACUUGGAUCUGGUAAAAUGGAGCGGUACGACGUGGUGGUGGUGGGUGCGGGCAUCAUGGGCAGCUGCGCCGCGUACGAGCUCGCGAAGCGCGGGCGGUCCGUGCUGCUAUUGGAGCAGUUUGAUUUGCUGCACCGCCGAGGCUCUUCCCUCGGGGAGCCUCAGAUUAUCAAGAAAUCUUAA